GCAUCCACAUGGAGCUUCACGUCAGCUCGUCUUACACUCUUGCAACCAACGCAAUGGACGUCGACCCGAAGUUUAUCUGUCCUCGCCCUCGGAACCCAAGAGCCUGCAGUAACUGCCGGUCUCGCAAGAUACGAUGUUUCCCUGGAAAGGACCAGAACGAAAAAGCUUGUCGACGAUGCACAAAAUUUGGCUAUACAUGUAGCUAUACCAAUAGUUCUCGAUCUCGUCCUCAACCAGGGAUCUCUUCGCAGUCGUUGAAUGGGAGUCCGCAGCAUGACGGCGAUAUCAUCUCUGGUCUUUUUCGAGAUCGACCCCCGCUAUCUGGAGGAGUAGAUCAAGUGAUGGAUCUUCAUCGCCGUGUAUUCCAGGAGCAAUCACACCAAGAGAGUCCACCAGAUCCUAUCUCUAUACCAACCCCUGAGUCUGUCGGUCCAUCUCAAGCCAAGGAAGAUACGAGCAUCAAUAUGCGAGAAGCAGACAAACUGCUCUCCCUUUUUAGAAAACGCAGUUCAUACUUCCCGUUCAUAUAUAUACCAGAUUCAACAUCAGCUGCAGCAAUGGCUGUCCACCAGCCCUUUUUAUUACUAGCUAUUCUGACAGUCUCGUCCUCUCGCACCCCACGCCUUCAGCAGCAAACAGACGAGCGAUUCCGUCGGGUUAUGAGCGAGCGAGUUAUCGUUCAUGGAGAGAAAGGCCUCGACUAUGUUCAGGGAUUACUGGUGUACAUCGCUUGGUAUCCCCUUUACCUCAGACCUCUGCGCAACCAGACCCUGCAGUACCUCCAGAUAGUAUCAACUAUGAUAUCGGAUCUUGGUCUCGACCUAAGCCUCGAAGAAGAGAGCGAGGGCCGAAAUGCCUCUCUCGGGUGUCAUACCCUUUGUACUCUCAUGUUCUCUAUCGGGCGACGGUCUUACAAUGUGCGCACGAGAAUGGGAGCCUACCUCCAGGCUUCUUCAAAGCUUGAUAGAAAUGACCUUGCUAUGCAGCAUCUGCGUAUCCAAGACCUUUCUGGACGCGUUGCUCGUUACAAGGCGAGUGUGCGAGAAACGACAAAGACGGCUUCUGGUUCUACCGACGAGGAACCAAGCAUAUCCCUAGAGGAAGUCUGUGAAAAGAUGGUCUUGUUCACACAUGAACUGGAGGAUCUCUACUAUGGUUUCCCGGCCGAGACUCGCAGCAGUAUCUCAAUCCGCCUAACGCGACAAUUCAUCAAAGUAACCAUAUCAUCAUUGCCAUCAUUCACUUUGAAUCAAACACCAUCAAUAACUGAUCCAGCCACAACCGACCUCACCCACGCAACCUCCCACUUCACCGAAAUCCAGUCCUUCCUCGAACUCUUCCUCUCCAUCCCACCAGAUGAAUACACUCACUUCUCCAUCCGCGAAUGGUCCCAGCUCAUCAUAAUCAUAUCUCUAACAUCAGAGCUCUGCUUCUUCCAAGUCCCGUUUCUCCAUAUCCAGGAGCUUAUCCAGAGAACUACAUGGGUGGAAUUCCAAACACAGACACGCGCCAAGAUGCUGAUAUACCUCGAAAGCCUCACGCACCGCAUGGGUACCCUCUCUGUGUCCUCAUCGUCUACUUACCCGGAUUCUUUUUAUAUGUUCGCGUCUGUCCUAGGGAUUCUCGUUCGUACCUAUACGCCUGCAGCAACUUGUCCGCUAAAUACUCCUUCCGGUACGGAGAUACAGAACGGGGACCCGGGUAUGAGUUCUAGCCGCUGCCCAGUAUUGAACGGGAGUAUCCAGGAGACGGACUUUUGGCGGGCGCUGGAGCGGAAUGCUCCUGUGAGUGGUUCUUAUGAGAAUACGGGUAAUGGAGAAGGGAAUGUGCCUGGAGGUCUUGACUUAAGCGACCUGGUUAACCACCCCCAGGACUGGCCGAGUGUUUUUGAAGAGUGGGUUGUUGAUCUUAAUAAUUUGCCCGAGUAGUGGUCAUUAUUGUGGUUUCUUGUGCCAAAAUAGUGUUGGAUAG